AUGGCAUUCACGCCUGUAUUGAAAUAUGCUGUGAAUCCUUGGCUGCUGACUGCGAUCUACUUUCCACUUGUUAGCUUGCCGAUUUGGUACUUCGCACUGUGGUCAAGUUGGUCCAAGUUUGCCUCUUUGACAACAGCGAACAGCAAUGACCUGUUUACGGUGGCGUUGUUUCUGCUGGAUUGCGGCGCCACCGUUUCAAUCACGUUUUUGCUGAUGCAAGCCGCCUACAAGUGGAGCAUUUGCCAAGCCUGUUUCCCGGCAUUUUUCUCCCGUGUCGAUCAUCCCCUACACUUUCUGGAUAGACUUCGCUGGUUCUGCGCCGUUGUUUGCGGAGGUUUGCUCGUCUGGUUGGGACAUCAGUCACCCGGACCGAUGUUCGCUUUCAGCUUGCUUCCUGGCCCCCGAAUUCGUGAAGCUUCUUACGACCAGCUGCCUGCCGCCUUCGAAGCUCAUGGCGAUCGGCUUUUGGAAGUCGAGGGCAUUCUUGACGAGAGCCGCAUGGCCAGCACCAGCUACUGCACGUGUGAGCAUUGCUACUCGGUUGCUUGUCCGAUGCCCCGUCCUUCGAUUCCACAGGGCGUGGAUUCCAUGGAGACACCAUCACGCUUGUUGCGUGGUGCUGGCGGAGGUGGUGGCGGCGGUGGUGGUCAUUUUUCCUCGAGCGGGCGACGGCGGCGUUGCGCAUCGACAUGUGUCUAUGCUGCACCAAUAUUACCAGUCAAUGAAGAAUCGACUUCCGGAGGAUGCCCAGUCGCAUUUGCAAUUCAUCAAGACACGCCUCCGUUUUCUGCCCCACUACUGGUGUCGGGGACGGCGAACUACGAAUGGUGGGGUGGUGGAGCAGAGGCCGUCUACCAUGAAGCCGCAAGUUUGACAGGUUCCGAUCUCAUGUGCAGGGUUCAACCAUUUUUGUACACCAUCGAUCCCCAUGCCGGCAGCUGGUGCUUUCUGGUGAUGCUUCUCCUGUCAGUGAUCUGCUUGCCAUGCCCUUGGGCCCUUGCUGCUAGAAUGCUUUGGACUCGUGGGUGGGAGGCUCAAUCCGAGCAAUUCUUGGAUUAUGCAGCAGAGCACGAGCGGCAGGAGGAGGCUGAGCAGUGGUUCCGAACUGCGACGCUGGAUGGGCCAGUCACAGUCAGGCUUCGUGCUGAGGUUAACGAGGUACCGCCUUCCGUGAACAGGAAUGAAUGGCAAACUUGGUGGCUCGGAUCGUCUACCGCAUUCCGGGGCGGCUACGAGCAGCUCCCACGUGCCCCGGAGCACGAGCUCCGCGGAUUCCACAGCACUUCGCUGUUGUUGCACGUGCGGCGCAUUGCAGCAGAUCGCCUCGACUUGAAUUUGGAGAAAGUCGGCCUCAAGCGCGAUGGCCAGGAAUUGCCGAGCCAAUCAGAUUUCAUGACGUUGGAGGAACUGAACAUCAGGAAUGGCACCAGCAUCUCAGGUUUCAAAAGACCUGGCCGAACCUCAUCUUGGCGAAAGGGCCUAGCUGGGAAGUUCGAGCAGAGCAUGUUCGAUUGCUGGUGCCGGCACAAAGACGUGGAACGGGCUGGGUUGUGUGAGCACAUCGAGCGAGGUGAGCUGCAAUAUGUGGACGCCUCUCCUGCGGUUUUCGGCGAGUCCUACAAGGAAGGCUGGAUUUGCGACGCAUGCGACAAGCGCUUCCCCCGAAGUCAGAUGAUGAAUCGGUGCGUCGCUUGCAAACUCGACUUCUGCGACGGCUGCGUAAGUGCCGCAAGAUCCGGCGCCGAGCAGCUGCGAUGA